GAGCCGAGCUGUUCCAUCGGCGGAGUAAAGAUGGCUGACCAAGGCGCCGCAGAUCCUGGUAAUAACAACAAUAAUAAACCUGAAGCCUCGGAGGGAACUAUUAUAAAGGUCACAGUGAAAACCCCGAAAGACAAAGAAGAAAUCGCCAUCGCAGAAGAUGCCUCUGUCACUCAGUUUAAAGAAGAGAUCUCGAGGCGGUUCAAAGCCAAACAGGACCAGUUGGUUCUGAUUUUUGCAGGGAAGAUCUUGAAAGAUGGGGACAGCCUCAGCCAACAUGGUAUCAAAGAUGGCCUGACAGUUCAUCUAGUCAUAAAGACAGCACACAAGGCUGGAGAUGGUGGUAGCACCUCAGCCUCUAGCUCAACUUCCACUCAAGCAGGCAGUACCUCCACCUCCAGUCCACCCACCAACCCCUCCUCCACAACAGGCUCUACUGGCUCUGCCCCACCACCCACACAGACGCCCAACAUAUUGACUGGCUUUGGAGACCUGGCUGGUCUGGCAGGACUUGGGAUGGGCUCAGCUAACUUCAUGGAACUGCAGCAGCAGAUGCAGAGGCAGCUCAUGUCCAACCCAGAGAUGCUUUCUCAGAUUAUGGAGAACCCGCUGGUGCAGAACAUGAUGUCAAACCCAGACCUGAUGAGGCAGAUGAUCAUGGCUAAUCCUCAGAUGCAACAGCUGAUGGAACGCAACCCUGAGAUCUCCCACAUGCUCAACAACCCUGAGCUCAUGAGACAGACAAUGGAGCUAGCCAGGAACCCAGCCAUGAUGCAGGAAAUGAUGCGGAACCAGGAUCGGGCUCUGAGCAACUUGGAGAGCAUCCCAGGAGGUUACAAUGCCUUACGGAGGAUGUACACAGACAUCCAGGAACCUAUGUUCAGCGCUGCCAGGGAACAGUUUGGCAGCAACCCGUUCUCAGCUCUAGGUGGAACCUCUGAGUCUGGUGCCCAGCCGUCACGGACAGAGAACCGGGAGCCCCUUCCCAAUCCAUGGGGGCCACCGAAUUCUUCUAACCCCUCAGAAAGUGGAGCAGCCAGCACAGGAAGCACUAGCACCACUGGGGGAACCAAUCCCAGUGUGUCCAACCCUCUGGGUAUCAAUCCGGGGAGUCUAGGAAAUGGCAUGUUCAACAGCCCGGGCAUGCAGAGUCUACUGCAGCAGAUCUCAGAAAACCCUCAGCUGAUGCAGAACAUGCUGUCUGCUCCCUACAUGCGCAGCAUGAUGCAGUCACUGGCUCAAAAUCCAGAGUUGGCCUCCCAGGUUUUGAUGAAUAAUCCCUUGUUUGCCGGAAACCCACAGCUGCAAGAACAGUUCAGAGCUCAGCUGCCUAUCUUUCUGCAGCAGAUGCAGAACCCAGAGGCGCUGUCAGUGAUGACCAAUCCCCGGGCCAUGCAAGCGCUAAUGCAGAUUCAACAGGGACUACAGACGCUGCAGACAGAAGCACCGGGUCUUAUGCCCAGUUUGAUGACAGGGGGAAUCCCUGGCAUACCCACAGGAGGGGGCUUGCCUGCAGAGAACCCUGCUUCAUCACCCAGCACUGCUGGAGCAAACCCCGCCCAGCAACAGCUGAUGCAACAGAUGCUCCAGAUGUUUGCUGGAGGAGGUGGAGGAGGAAGUGCAACGACCCAGACCCCAGAGGUUCGGUUCCAGUCACAGCUGGAUCAGCUGAACGCUAUGGGCUUCAUCAACCGCGAGGCCAACCUGCAGGCCCUGAUCGCUACUGGAGGAGACAUCAACGCCGCUAUCGAGAGACUGCUGGGCUCACAGCCCUCGUAAAGACAUACAGUACAUACUGACACACAGACACACGCCUUCAUACAUGCCUAACUCAUAAACACCCCCAGCAUCUACAGAUAACCAAGAGAAAUUUAAGUGUAUUGUCCCAAACUUUACAGAAUAUACUUGGGCAGGAUCUGUUAGACCCCCAUUCUACAUCUGUUACCAGAUCAUUCCCUUUUCCCAAUCCUUUAAUUUUUACGCAUCAUCCAACCGGAUCUGUGUCUCAGAGUGCUGCCGUAGAGUCGGACUGAACCACUCUCAACUCGAAGGGUGUUCCGGUGCAGAGAAAAAGGAGCGAAAACCUCUCCUGAAAAGAGAUUCCCAACCAUUUUGUUCAUUCAUUGAGUUCAGUUACAAGAUCCAGAUUAAACCCAUGUGAUGUGAUUGGUAGUUGGCUCUGUUUCAUACAUGACCACUGUGAGGCAGUUUGUUUGUAUUUAACUAGCAAGUUGAUACAUGAAGAUGUUCUGGCAUACAGGCAGUAAUCCUGAUCAUGAACAGGAAGAUAUCUUGUCUAUACAGAAGUUCAACCUCAUUCCUCCCUCUCUCCUCGAACAUGAGAUUCUACAUAAAUAGCUGUUUUUGCCCAACAGCUUCCACUAUUUAUUGCAAGCGCUUAUGAGAACGAUGCCCUCCACACUUCCCUAAAGUUGUAAUUUGUCAUUCCAGAACGAAGUGCCCACUCAUGGGUGCACCGUUUUUUUUUUUUCUUCUUCUUCUGAGGCACCACCUGCUGUCCUCCACUGCCCUGUAGGAGCAUUGUCAGCAAAUUAUAGCCUCACUCAGUGGGUUAAUUAGAAAGCCCCUCCAAUAAAUUCCACACAACAUCAUUCAGAACUUUUGCCAUAAUCAAAUAUGACAUGGCAGCAUCUUUGAAGCAGGGGGCGCUGUUAGAAUGAACAUGAAUGAAGCAAAACAAGCUUUCCUUUCAUUUUAAUCUGAUUCUUCAUUUUAUUUUCUGUUUUCUUUUCUUUUUGAGGUGCAGUUAGUACCUAGAGAUAACAAAUGAUUUGUCUCACUUUAAAUAAAUGUGGAAAUCAAGUGAGUGAAGAGAAAAACGUAAUGAAAUAAUGGAAAGGCUUUACAAACAAUUUUGGUAUGGUGGCACCAUACGUUUCUCAAAUCAAGAUCUAGGUUGUCUUAUUAUUUUUUUUUCUUUUUGAAAAUCUCAACAUUGUAGUUGUGGUAACCUUGGCAACUGCUUCUAUAGCUUUGCUUUGUCUGUUGACCUCAGCUGAAAAAAAAAAUCCAUCUCCCAAUUGAACAUGUUGAAACUAACUUUUAACAGUACUGUACUAAAAAAAAAAAUAAAACAUGGUCAAAAACA